AUGGAAAAGGUGCUUACUCAAUUCACAAUAAAUAAAAUUGCUCAAGGAAAUCUUGAAGAUUCACCAUUUAAAGAUAUUAAUUAUCGACGUCUUAGUGAUGACCCUAACAAAUUUAUAAUUAGAAAGUCAUAUCUAGGGAAUGAUGUCGCGUGUAGACCUACAAAGGUCAAAUUUGACAAUACAUUAGAUAGUCAAAAUAUUCAGGCACAACUGGUAAUUCUUGAAAAGUUGAAAGAAUCACCAAAUAUCCUAAAAUUCUACGGUCUCUCCGAAGUAGACGAUUAUCAAGUGAUGGUGUUUGAAUGGGUGGAAGUAAAUCUUAUGGAAAUAUACACAAAGAACGAUAUUGAUUGGGAUUUAAAAGCGCUCAUCGCUUUAGAUAUUUGCCGAGGUCUGCUAUUUUUGCAUAGUUGUGAUAUUCUUCACCAUGAUAUUAGAUGCAAAAACAUUAUGAUUACCUCACGGCUUGGGGCGAAAAUAUCAAACUUUCAAUACGCUAAAAUCAAAACAGAUAGCACCAUACCUAUCCCAAGGGUGGAUGAUAUGAUACCUUGGAUGGCACCUGAAAAAUUGAAUGGGUUUAAAUAUAACUUCAAAUCGUGGGAAGGGAUUCCACAGAUUAGAGCCACGCUUCAACAAAUAUUCCUAAAACUUGUUGAGUUAUCAGAGAUAUGUAAAAAACCAAGUUAUCAAUAUGUUCUUUACCCUGAUGGUCACAUUGAUUUUGAUGGAUCCAAUUCUAAUAGCAAUCCUUCAUGA